UUACCGUGGAAUACACUAUUGACUAAGUUAAAGUAACUUCAUUACGAAAGUUUUUGACAUUACUUUACUUGCAAAUUGUUUUCUUUACUUUCAGGGUCCAUUUGGAACAGUCAAACGGACACAAUUCGGUUAUGUCCGUCAAGUCAAUCUCAGUAAGACCAUCUUACUUUAGUAAUUUUAAUCUACCAAAUAACAACUUUCUCAAAACUAAUAACAGACUAUGAGUUAUGACAGGAAUUGCUUCUACUUGACCAGAAACACACUCCUCACAUGUAGAGUUUAAUUCGAUUUAGCGAAUUCUUUACUUUAAGAUACUUAGUGGGUAAAAUUACGUCUGUGCAUAUAUCUUCGCUGUAUACUUCUCUUAACAAGAAUCAGGGCUGUCACGUCUGCCAAAAAUGUUUGGAAUUGGAUUAAAGUAUGGAAACUCUGGAAAAUGUCUAUAGGGCUGAACAAUUGAUUUUUAAUUUCGUGAAAUAGUAUGGGAAUAACGAGCUUUGUCACAUUAAAAUAAGCAUUUCUAUACUAACAAACCUUUAUGUGUUUUUAUUUAUUCCCUUUAGCAUCGCGAAAAUUUGAAAGAGUUGGGAUGUAUAACCCUACGACACAUAAACUGACGAUAGAGCGCGCAAAUGUUGAUGUGUUAGGUAAAGAAUAUGUGAGAGACAGGACACUUGUGAGGGAAUAUAAUGAAAAACAUAAUCUCUCUGUCAGCUACACUAUUUGGACUUUAUCAGCAUUGGGAAUGGUUUAUGCUCUUGGUUUGUUCUUCAUAAACAAUCUAUACAAAAACGUCAGGUGCAUCAAGAUGACAUCACCAGUUAUAAAUAACAUUAUUAUAUUUGGUUGUAUAUUAUGUUACAUUGCUACAAUCCUUUAUGGCAUGGAUUCGAGACAUAUUGCUGUGCAAAAGAUUGGAGCCAUGUGUAAUGUGAGUAUGAAUACAGGCGAGACUGCUUUUCAAAAAGUUUAUUCGUUCACUCUUCUUUUACAUUGCCUCCGGUUUUAUUUUUAUUCUCUUAGUACGCUGGAAUUAUCUUUGUUUUGUUUUUGUUUUUUUGUAGAUUGUUGUUGUUAUGCUCAGUGUUGGGUUCACCUGUGCUUUUGGCGCUUUAUUUGCAAAAACAUGGCGGAUAUUCAUGAUAUUUAGUUCAACGAGACAUAACAAAAACAUGGCAGGUUUAUUUGGAUGAUUUUUUUAGUUCUA